UCGAUCGGAAUCAUCGCGGAAUAAAGUUUUCUGUUCCUUGCAGCUUUUCCCCCAACCUGCUUCCGGUACCGUUACCUUCCGGAAAGAGCUUUGUUGUCGUGUGUGCUAAAAGUACUUGCUUCGGUGACGUUUCGCUUCGGGAAAAAUCGAUUUUAAUUUUGUGCGGCAAGUGAAAAUCUGGAACGCUGCUUGGUCGCGACGAGGUGCGAUUUUGUUUGCUUCGUAGCGCAAGUGAGACACCAAUACACAUUUAAAAGGGACACAGCGCUGACUGACAAGCCGGCUGUACGAACGAAAGAGAUCGAUAGAGGACAGCCAGAGACCGAACUGUCAAAAAUUUUUGCUUGCCUUUUGUCGUUCUGGUUGGCAGACGCUUUCGAGGAAAAAAGUUAUCGUCGAUUUCUGAAGAUUUUCGAUUCAAUUGGGACGUUCUGUGUGGGAUCAAGUUUGGUUUAGUUUGAGCGCUUCAUACGGAGAAAGAUGCUGCAGAAAAAACCAGCCGGCGGAUUGUAUGAUCCGAUGAUAAUUCCUCGCGUCAAGCAGUACCUCGAGGAAAAUGUUCACCAAACGUAUGUGGACGUUGGUGUGAUGGCCCGGGAGCUGCAGGAACGCUACCGGGAGUACAACAGGCGCAAAGCCGUCCCGUUCCGUUUGCUGGUGGAGCAGGCCUACAAAACCGUACUCCACAGCUACGGUUUGGACAGCAAUCCGUCGAGUGAAAACGAAGACGACGGCAAUUCGGAUCUGGAGGUCAUGGAAGAUGGUGCCGGUGGCGGUGGUAAUGCUAACCAUAUGAACGAUACGCUUACCAACAUGUAUAUGAACAAUAAGAAUAAACCUCCAGGUAGUGGUGGUGGUGCUGCUGCCGCCUCUGGUUCCGCUGGAGCCAACGAUGGUGAAGCGAUCGACAUCAGCAGUGACGAGGAAGAAGGGGGUGCCGAUUCGCGCGACAAAGACAAGGCUGUUUCGACGACCAGCAACAGCAUGAGGCUGAUUGAGACUCAAAUUGCUUCAAACAAGCACAUCACGGUAACGAAAGUAACCCGUGCUGACAAGCCACGUUCCGGGGACGAGGCAGUCGAUUCCAGUAACGGUAGCUCGAAUGGUCCCAGAAGACCCGCUGAGCAGUUACCUGCCAGCCAGCCCAAACGCCGUCGGUUGGAUCAGCCUCAGAAUUCGGAAGUCAGCAACAGUUCAAAUCCGUUAUUGCCCUAUCCAACGCCUAUGGCUCCAGCACGGACUGCACCACAAAGUAAUAGAGGUGGUGGCAUGGCAAGGUCAGAAUCCAGUGCGCCGACGGCUGCUCCGCGCUCAAAGCGCUUCAAGAAGGAAGUUUGUGCUCGAUUCGUUGACUCCUCGUUCGAAGACGUUGGCGGCAUGGAUAAAAUUUUGCGUGAGUUGUGCGAACUCUUGUUGCACGUCAAACAUCCGGAAGUUUAUCGUCACGUGGGCCUUCCUCCGCCGCGUGGAUUUCUGCUACAUGGACCUCCUGGUUCAGGAAAAACACUGCUGGCUCAUGCAAUCGCUGGGCAAUUGAAAAUCGGUCUGGUGGAAGUUCCGGCUACGGAGCUGGUUGCUGGUGUUUCCGGAGAGUCAGAGGAGCGUAUCAGAGAGGUAUUCGAGCAAGCAGCGGUCCUUUCGCCUUGCGUACUAUUCAUUGACGAGAUAGAUGCCAUUUCGUCCAAUCGAGUCAAUGCCCAAAAGGAUAUGGAGCGUCGUAUUGUGGCACAGCUGCUGAGCAGCCUGGACAAUUUGCCCAAACUGGAGGGUGGUGAUGGUGUGCUGGUUAUUGGUGCGACAAAUCGGGCCGAUGCCCUGGAUCCAGCACUGCGACGUGUCGGACGGUUUGAUCAGGAGAUUUCUCUUGGCAUUCCGGAUCGUCAAGCCAGAGCUCAGAUUCUGAAGAUUAUCUGCAGGAAUUUGAAGAUUGAGCAAUCGAUCGACUUCGAUGAGUUGGCUAAACUUACGCCGGGUUACGUUGGUGCUGAUUUGUUGGCACUGGCUACUCGGGCGGCCACUACGGCUAUCAAGAGAAUGUUGACGGAACACGAGCGUCAGCAGUUAAUUGAGAAGAGCAGACUUGAUAUAGAGCUGGAGGCCGCUCGACGCAAGCGGGGUCAGGAACAGUUACAUAAGAAGGCUGACGACGACGAUGACGUGAUGGAGGUGAACGAGGCGUCGCAGGCGGCUGAGAUUACCAAGAACAAAUUCAACGGGGAUGUGUCGGCGGACGAUGUCGUAGCCGUGGAGGAUGACGUCGAAGAGGUGGUAAACCUGGAUGAUGACAAGGACGAGCCAAAGGAAGCCGAGCAAACAGAAGCUGUGGUGACUGAGAAAGUUGCCGAGGUUCGCGCUGAGGAGGAAAAGAAAGACGAGGAGAAGAAGGACGAAGAGAAGAAGGACGAAGAGAAGAAGGACGAGGAGAAGAAGGACGAGGAGAAAACGGACGCAGAGAAGAUAGCCGAGGAGAAGACAGGCGAGGAGAAAAAGGACGAAGAGAAGAAAGAUGAAGAGAGUAAGGUGGACGAAGGUAAAGUUGAUUCUGCAGAAGCCAAACCGGCUGAGGAAGGCAAAAAAGAUGAUGGUGAAACAAAGGAAGUAGACGCAAGCGAAAAGAAGGUUGACGAAGAACCCAAACCGGAAGAAGCGAAGACCGCUAACGAAGAUGUUGAAAUGGCUGCUGACAGUAGCACCUCGGGAGAUAAGGUUGAACCCGAGGAACCAAAAUCUACGACAGCAGUUGUAGAAUCAAUGCCAGCAGAAUCGAGUGAAGCCGAAAAGAAGGCUGAUGAACCCAUGGAGACAGAAACGGUUCAGGAAGCGGAGGCUCCUGUUGAGAAACCACAACAGGAAGAGAAGGAAACGGUCGUGGAAAGUCUAGCUCCAGCAGUGGAGAAACGUGCUCCCACUCCUGUUCUCACCCUAGACAAAAUGAUACAUCUUUUGCUGGACCAUUCGAAUCCUUUGCCGGAUGAAGAGUUGGAAAGUUUGUGCAUUCAACGAUCAGACUUCCUGGAGUCUUUAAAAACAGUUCAACCAUCUGCCAAGCGAGAAGGUUUUAUCACUGUGCCGGACGUCACUUGGGAUGACAUCGGCUCAUUGGGUGACAUCCGAGAAGAGUUGAAACUGGCCAUCCUUGCUCCGGUCAAAUUCCCUCAACGUUUGAAAAUGCUGGGUCUUACCUCCCCGUCUGGUGUAUUACUGUGCGGUCCACCGGGAUGCGGUAAAACUCUGUUGGCAAAGGCCGUUGCCAAUGAGGCUGGUAUCAACUUCAUUUCCGUAAAAGGACCCGAGCUGUUAAACAUGUACGUCGGUGAAUCGGAACGUGCCGUGCGUCAGUGUUUCCAACGUGCUCGCAACUCAGCCCCGUGUGUCAUCUUCUUCGACGAGUUCGACUCGCUCUGCCCCAAGCGAUCGGACAAUUCCGAAGGUGGCGCCGGAAUGCGAGUGGUGAAUCAACUGCUCACCGAAAUGGACGGCAUCGAGGAGCGAAAGGGCGUAUUCUUGAUGGCAGCCACCAACCGACCGGACAUUGUAGAUCCCGCCGUUCUUCGCCCUGGUCGCUUGGACAAAAUCCUGUACGUCGGCUUGCCGGCGGAAGACGAUCGGGCAGACAUUUUGCGAGCACUCACCAAAAACCGCACCCAACCUCCACUGGCCGAUGAUGUUGAUUUGGCAGUCGUUGCUCGACUAUCCCAAGGCUAUACCGGAGCCGAUUUGGCCGGCCUCGUGAGACAAGCAUCGCUGCAGACUUUGAAGGAUUCGAUAGCGGAAUGCAGUAGCGACGAUAAGGCUUCGACCGAGUCGGAACAGGAUCUCAAAGUUGCAAUGGUUCACUUCCAGGAAGCGAUACGAACUAUCAAACCAUCCGUCAAUGAAGAGGACACAAAGCACUACGAACGAUUGAAGCGGAAGUACGGCUCAGAAACGGUGGCACAGUAAACAGUGGACCUCCUAUAGGUUUUCUAAGGACAAGAUUCAGCACUCUAGAUUUAAAGAAACAAAAUAAUACUGAUACCUACCUGCAACAACAAAUCUUAUUGCACGAGUAGCAGAAAGUGCAGCAGCAUCAAGUAGGGGAAUGAAAAGUUGAUUCCGUAAAUAUUAACAAACCACAAUUAAUACACACUAGUGAAAGAGUGGAUCUUUCUACUGAAAGAUGAAUGAACGCAACUUCGGUUAGUUUAAGACACAAAAUGAGUAAACGUCGCAAGCUAUAUCGGGAAGUGUGCCAGAGUCGAAGCAUUUGAUCAAUCCCCAUUACGUCUCUGACCAUCAUCGAACGGUUUGAAUAAUCGAUGUUUGUUUGUUUUAGCUAUUAGAACUAUUAUAAUUUCUGUAAAAGUGAAAAAAAAAAUCGAACACAAUGUUUGAUUGGUGUGAAGGCAAAUGGAAACUACUCUCCCAUACUUUUUUUUUAUGAUUCCUCAUUGAUACAAAAAAAGUAGAUUUGACAAACACUGACAUACCUACAGGAUGUAAAAGUAUAAUGAAUAAAAAAAAAUGCAAAAGGAAGGAUCAUCUCUCA